AUGGCAUAUACGAAUAAUGGUUUUGAGUAUUGGCUCGAUUACGGAACCCUGCUUGGCGCCUAUCGCACAAGGGGCAUUCUGCCUUAUGAUCGCGAUGCCGACAUUUCUUAUAUUUUGGGAACCGAGAGCCCAGAUCCUUUCCGUGAACUGCGUGAGCUUAGAAUGCAAGCCAUUGGUUUGGUUGCUAUAUUUGGGGAUGUGACUGUGGAUUUUAUGAGAUGGCAACGAGUGAAUGUAUCAAGUUACUCUUCUGGCAAGACUGAAACAAUGCUACGAAAUACUAUCCUUCAUCAAAAGACAAUUUCAUUGUCGUGGGUGGUACCUUUCAAAAGGUUUUAUUUCCAGGAUGUCGAUGUGGCAGUUCCUAACUCACCCGAUAAAUUACUAGCCUUUAGAUGCCCGUAUACUUUUGGAACGCUUGGAUUUCAGUUUCCUUAAAAGUGGAAAUGCUGAGUUCCCUGCAAUUUGAGAAAAAGCAAUGGCUGCUAAAGGUAUCGAAGGAACGAAAACCGAAGACUUGUGCACUGUCCUUCUACGCUGGUCAAACUCGAAAACGCAUUCAUCAUGGGCGACUUCAACACUUAAAAGGCGCCGUAAGCAUAGACAAGAAGAAGAGACGCAUUGUGCAGAAUGCACUGAUCCACAAGGGUAAAGGGCACUGUCUUGAGCCUAACUUAGGUUAUUACGCUGUUUCUUUUGGAAAAAAAAUUGAAUCACACAAUGACUCUCUCCGCGUACUGGUAGCCUGCGUAGCUGGCGACCGCAGGUAACGCAGGCUUGUUGAGCGGCCGAAGUGAAUCCAAUUAGAAGGCUGCAUUCCAAACAGCAACAAGAGUAGAACCAAAGUACAAACAUACAAAGAGGAUUGAGUGGAAUAUGAGAAUUCAUAUGUUGGAUUUUGAUAUUUCUUUGGGUUUUUAUAGGAAACACUUUAAUGUCGGAUAAAAUUAGUAAAAUGAACAAGAAUAUCAUAUUUAUUGGUAAUGUAGUUGUUGUGGUUAAUCAGAAAUUGUCAGCAUGGCUAUUAUUCUUUAGUUUUUUAAAACUGUCCAAUUAGGAAUUGAAUAAAGGCUGAUAGUUUCGAAAGAAACUGUUUGG